AUGUCAGCAGACCUUUUCGCGGCGUUCGGCAAUCCAAAAACUCUCGAUAACUCGGUGAAAGUAUCGUCAAAUUCGAAUAGCGGGUCAUCGAGUUCUGGGAAUCGCCCCAAAACAUGGAACUCCAUAGUUGAUGCUGCUGGUAACUCUACGCUCAUUGACUUCUCUUCUGAGCCGCACCUAUCACCUUUCUCUCAGGCUAUACAAGAUACGAGUGUAUCUGGAGCCGGAUCGAAUGAAGUUCUGUUUGAUGCAUCGACUGAAAUUGCAUCUAAUGAAGCCACUGAAGAUGAAUGGGGGGAAUUCGAGUCUGCAAAGUCUGAGUUCACAAACGACGAGCCCGUCCAACGUUUUGAGGAUAGUAUUAAGCCGACUGAAUUCAUAAUCCACCAUGGUGCUCAGGAUAAGCUGAGUAUUCCAGCUUCGAAACCACGCCAAAUACCCCUAUUGGAUCUUUUAUCCACUGAAGACUCGAAUCCUCCGCCACAAAUCCCGCACCGAGCCCCGUUAGCCUUGGAUUGCAAUGUCCAUGAUAGAUAUCCUAUCAAACAGGAGCAAGGAGACUCCGAGCCUACUACAGCAUGGCUAGAUUUUGGAGAAGAGGAUGACUGGGGAGAGUUCACUGAUGGCAUUGACGUUGGAAACAAGCAAGAAGACCUUCCAAGAAUGUUAGAAACUGCCACUCUACCAAUGCAACAAGUACAGUCGCCGUCAGCACCGCGAUCCGGUGUACCAAAGACAAAAGCGAGCGUUCCAUUUCGAACUGUUGCACGUUCUCCCAAAAUGGUGAGGCCUACGAAUAUUCCCCCUCCUUCUAUUCUUCUCCGGCUAUUCCCGUCUUUAUUAGAGAAACUACGAGUAAAAGCGACAAACUACACGAUUCACGCCAAAAGAAAGGCCGGGCCUCUGCCUGACACUGGCCCAGCCGAAGAGAUCACAUAUAGCUUGAAAGUUAUGGUACACAUAAUAGCAGGACGCAGUUUACGCUGGAAGCGAGACUCGAUCCUCAGCCAAAGUAUCAGGAUAGGACCUGCGUCAGGGAGGCCUGGAGGAAUGAAAUUGAGCAGCGUUAACAAAAGCGAAAAUGUGAGAGAGGAAAAAGAAGCUGUCGAAGUCCUUGACAUAUGGAAGAAAUGCAAUGGGCUCUUAAACUCUGCAGCCUCAGCGGGAGGAAAAUCACCAGUUCAGUUCGUAGCUGGUAAUCUUCAAGUGAGAACCGCCACUACUCAGGAGGGUGCAUUGAAAGCGCCGCAUGCAUGUGCACUCUGCGGACUGCGACGGGAAGAAAGGGUUUCCAAAAUCGACGAGAACGUUGAUGAUAUUUUCGAGGAAUGGUGGACCGAGCACUGGGGCCACUCUGAUUGCAAACGCUUUUGGGAAGCUAAUUCGAUGAAUUUGGAUCAACGUUGAGCAAGUGAUCCUGGUUGUUUGUACUCCAAGCAAAACGCCAUGCUCGGACACACAGGCCGCCUUUUUUACGGUGAAGGGUCCCCUCGGCUGAGCACGUUAGGUAUUAUUAGGCGCAUUCUUGGUCUUGAUCAUGGGCAGUGUGCGGGUUGCGCGAACGGCGUUGGGUCGCCGUGGAGGAACCGAAACCAAGGCCUCGUCCGGUGAAUCUGCACAAGCCGUGGGACCUUAGGAGCAAAAUAUAUGGAACAUCAUCUCCAUCUAAUACAUCUCCUCUCCGUCCUCUCCUGUCGUCUAGGGAGGGUCAGAUUUAAUCCCACUGUCGCCUUAUUGCCUCUCUGUAGUCUGAGAAAUGCGGGUGUUGCGGCGCAGUUAUCUCCCUUCAAAGAUGUUCCCGUAUGUGUGUAUAUCCGGAAUAAUACGGGGCUUCGCUGCGUAUUUUUGUAUCUCAUAAACUCUGCUAGCAAGCAAGAACUUUGUGUUAAUUGGCAGAGUG